CCCGGCUUGGAACACGAGCUGGACGGUUCCUCUUUCUGAUCCACUCCUCGAAUCUUCCGGAUGGAUAGAAGAUGGUUUGCUUGCCUGUCAGCGAUCGGCUGGUGCACUUCGCUUCCUAGACCAAGCGGCAACAUGAUCUUUGAAGCAAUGCGCAACGACCAGAACCAGAAGAGAGGGGGACUUUUGAUUGAGAGGAGUGUGAAUCAAUCAUUGCCGAAAAAGAUGGGCAGCACGCGCGUGGAUAGACGCCUCCCCUGGAUCAAGCUAGGCUCUGAAGAGGCUACAGAGGCGAGAUGGACGAAUGCCCGAUCUCUCCCAUUUUACGUGGGUGUCCCACGAAAGGGAGGAGAACGAACAGACAGCGGCGUCUACUCUGCGUUUCCCGACGGCACGGGAGUUAAGCGGGAGGGGGCGACCCAAGGUGAAGAAGAGUCAAAGUUCGCGAGGGACCGACUGUCUUACAUGACUUGCAGCUCUCUCUUUCGGCCGCAGAAGCACGAGGGAGACGGGUUUUGUCUACGGAUACUAGUCCAGUGAUUGUUAUUGGGCAAGGGCGCCGGGGCCAAAGGAGAGACAAGGUGUAGAUGAGAGGGAUUGGUAUUGGGCUAAAGACCGCCUUGCAUGAGCGUGGAGAGAAAGAGAGGGAGUAAGUUAGUCGGAGCCCAUCGAGGUUUAGCGCGAGAAAGAGGAGAGAGAGAGACACUGGAGAUGGAGAAUCGGAAAGGACACGAUAGGCGAGACAGAUAGAAAGAAGCAAGGAGCAAGGCUAAGGCUGCCAAUCGGUGAGUAGUUGCGAGGUGUAUUAGGGCACGCUUUGGUAGAGACAGGAUCAGAGUCAAAAGAUCGAGGUCAA